AUGGCCUUGGACCAUGGGAGAUCUGGUGUUCCACCACCUGUUCUGGAGUGGGGCCCAGCCAAGCCCAGCCCCCUCUGCCUCUCUGUGCCCUAUAUAAGAGUACUGGUUCCGUUUCUCCUUCCCUUCUUCUCCAGAUCCACAAUGAUCCGGCUGCUGAGCUCCCUCCUCCUUGUGGCCCUGGCCUCAGGCUCACACCCACCAAUCCACAUCCCCUCCACCCACUUCGCCAACCCCUCCAGCCGUGUGGUCAAUGGUGUGCCUGUAGAUCCUCCCCACAGCAAGCCCUGGCAGGUCGCCUUGCUGCUUGAACAGAAUGGGGGCCUGUACUUCAUCUGUGGAGGGAGCCUCAUCGACCGUGACUGGGUUCUGACUGCAGCACACUGUGUCGUAGAUGGUGGACCAUAUUGGGUGCUGCUGGGCAGGUACAACCUGAGUGAACCAGAGCCAUCUGACCAGGUCAUCCCUGUGGGAAAGGUCUAUGUGCAUCCAGAAUAUGACAACAAUAACGCAGCCAAAGGCUAUGACAUUGCUCUCCUCAAGCUGUACUACAGUGCUGUGCUGACAGCUGAAGUCCAACCUGGCCACCUUCCUCCUCCUGGCUACAUCCUACCACAUGGGACAACAUGCUGUGUCACUGGCUGGGGCUACACUUCCACCAACGGGCCAAUCUCAGAUGUUCUACUGAAGGGGCUGCUGCCAGUGAUAGACUACGCACACUGCUCUCAGUGGGACUACUGGGGUUCAACCGUGAAGGAGAUCCAUGUGUGUGCUGGCGAGGCCGGAUCCUCUGCAUGUAGUGGUGACUCUGGAGGACCUCUCAACUGUCCUGGAGUGAAUGCUGAGUGUGAGAUCCACGGCAUAGUCAGCUUUGGUUCUGGUUAUGGCUGCAAUUUCCCCAAGAAGCCCACAGUUUUCACCCGUGUGUCGGCCUUCAUUGACUGGAUUGAGGAGAUCACUGGAAUUCACUUCCGCUAA